AUGCCUCCUUCUGUCUGCGAGCCCGCUCGCGCGUUCAGGCGCCCCGACGGAUCUAACAAGUGGUGGACAGAACAUGAGGAAGAGGUCCUCGUGAACCGAAUCCUCAGAGACGACCCUACGAAAGGCGACAUGAACAACCGAACUGCCGUAACUUUCCACGGUCUCUGGACAGCGCUGACGACUGUGGACCUAUGGCCCAUUUUCCUCGUUGGCCUCUUCGCCUGGAUUCCGUUCCAACCGACAGCCAACUACCUUUCAAUCAUCCUUCGCGACAUGGGAUACUCUGUCUUCAGGUCCAAUAUGCUUGCGAUACCAAGCUAUGCCCUAUUCGCCAUCAAUGCAAGUAUAGUCGGACCAAAAGUGCCCAAGCACAAAACACUAAUCUCUGAUGUUCAGGUUCUGAUCUUUGGUUGGUUAUCCGAGUAUUUCAAAGAACGCUCCAUCGUAUCGUCCUGCAGAAAUAUCUGGAUGCUUCCUUUCUUCAUAGCACUUGUCGCUCUGCCCGAGUCCGCAAACCCCUGGGUCCGGUAA